AGGGAGUUUGAGUUGCGGGUCGUCCUCACGCUGUUGUCUGAUUUCGGUGGAGAGGGACCACUCGCAUUGCCCUAAUGGCAGCAGCUAUUAUUAUAACAGCUGUUCUCGGUGGAGGUGUUCUUCUUUUUGCCCGUAGGAUAUUUUCCAAGCGGAAAACAGUGAAAUUGCUCAGCUAUCCUGCUGCCAUGAUGCGAGGAAAGACCAUUAUUGUGACUGGUGCGAACUGCGGCAUUGGGAAAGCUACCGUGGCCGAAUUGGUGAAACUUCAGGCCCGGGUGAUCAUGGCCUGUCGAGAUCUUCCCAGGGCCGAAGAAGCUGCGGCAGAAAUCAAGAAAGCGGCUGGACCCGACCAAGGACAGGUUGUCAUCAAGCAUUUGGACCUGGCGUCCCUCAAGUCCGUUCACAGUUUCUGCGAAGAGGUGAUCAAGGAGGAGACGAAGAUCGACGUGCUGAUCAACAACGCAGGCAUCUACCAGUGCCCUUACACCAAGACGGAGGAGGGCUUCGAGAUGCAGCUGGGGGUCAACCACCUGGGCCACUUCCUCCUCACUCACCUGCUCCUGGACCUGCUCAAGUCCUCCGCCCCCAGCCGCGUGGUAGUUGUCUCCUCCAAGCUUUACAAGUACGGCAGCAUCAACUUCUCGGACCUCAACAGCACGCAGAACUACAACAAGGCCUUCUGCUACAGCCAGAGCAAGCUGGCCAACCUGCUCUUCACCCGCGAGCUGGCGCGACGCAUCGAGGGCACGGGCGUCACCGUCAACGCCUUGACGCCGGGCAUCGUGAGGACCAACCUGGGCCGGCACGUGCACAUCCCCUUCCUGGCGCGGCCGCUCUUCAAGCUGGUCUCCUGGCUGUACUUCAAGAGCCCGCUAGAGGGCGCCCAGACGCCGCUCUACCUGGCCUGCGCGCCGGAGGUGGAGGGCAUCACCGGGAAGUGCUUCGCCAACUGCGAGGAGGAGGAGCUGCAGCCCAAAGCCAUGGACGACCAGGCUGCACAGAGGCUGUGGGCCCUGAGCGAGGAGAUGGUGGGACUGAGGAAGGCAGGAGGUGACUAGAGGAGACUAGAGGACACAGGGUCAAAGAAUCGUCCAUUAGAGUAAGAUGCCCCAAACGCCGCCUACACAAUGGAAAGGAGUUUGGUCUCCUAAGGGGCUGUUGUCCCCCUCUGUCUUCUUCUUAUUCUGGGGCGGUUGGUAACGGCUUGCAUAAGAUGUGCGCUACUACCAUCUACAACGCUAAGGGAACUCCAUUUAUUCUCAACUUUAAGUCUCCACAGGUCUCCUAAUCAAAGGUCUCCUGAAGGGGCCUUCACCUGACGUCACAGGAAUCCAUGAAAAGUACGAACUUGAUGUAUCUUACUCUAAUGGGAGGAUCUUUGACGGGGUUCUUGCUACCUCCCGUCCAGGAGCGUUUUUUUUUUUUUUUAAAGAGAGACAAGGGUAGGCAACUGCCUUGGGGCCCCUCCAGCUUCCCCGAACGUCAAGUGGCCCCCAGACCAGCCACUACCAAUUUCUUGUUAAAAGUAAGUAUUUUAAGGGUCCGCUAGCUAAAUUCACCUUGGGCCCUCAAGUUGUUAAGUCUGCCACUGCACCCGUUCUUCCCUGUGGCCUCCCAUAGCCUUGCCUAGGUGUCUAUUCACCGCUGUGGUGAAUUUCUCAAAACCAAAGUUGCUUACUACAUUAGCUACUUUGUUGUUUUCAAUGCAUUUUCCCAUUGGCAACUACCGAAGUUGCUAACAGGCUAAGAACUUCUCUUUUGAGAAACUCACCCCUGGAGAGAACAACUAAGUUUCUCUGCCGUCAACCAACGCAGAGCGACUUUUGAUGGGCUUUCCCCCAUUCAAUAUCUCGAUGAGGAUGACCUUUGAAUUGUGAUAUUGUAAAAUAUUGACAGAAACUUUGUUAAUCAAUGGUGCUGAGUUUUGUAUCAGAAGGCCACAAAGAACAGUCUAGAUGGGAGCAACCAGUUUGAUGUGCACACGUCCUUUUCUGUGUUCUCUGGCCUCGGAAUGCGAUGCUGGCCAUCACGAUGAUCAAAGUUUCUAUUCAAUAUUUUGUACAAACGUAAUUCAAACAUCAUUCUCUCAUUUGCAAUCAAUAUAUUGAAUGGGGUUGCCUAAGCCUAAGUCUCCACCCCUUUCGGACAGCUUGUGGGGUGUGAGAAGUCAAAACAAUUGACUGAGCUCUAAUUGACCGAUCAAACCUAUAUUUGGUCCACUUUGCCUUUUCCCCUAUAUCACGUCUAAUAACAUUUUAAAUUUAAGCGAGAUGUGACCCAUGGCCGGAAGUAGAAGAGCAGGGCAUGACUUGGGCUCCCCAUGAAGCCUUGUUUUCUCCACAGAGGCAGGAUGACACAGAGGCAAGAGGCCAGAGACUGCAGCAAAGGACGGGAAGAGAAGUAACAGACUGACUUGCAGCCCCUGGGGGUGCCAUUUGAGGGGAAUUAAUCCCCACCUCUGCUGAAUUAUAUUUAAUCUCUUUAGGGGGCGAGGACAUAAUCGCUAUUAAACGUCACCUCCUCUGUUUUUUGACAAAUGGCACACUGGAUUCAUAUGGUGACCCUAUCUCCCUGAAGAGAACACUGAUAAAGGGAAAGUCUAUGAAAAUGUGUUCCAUUCGUGACUUUAUUUGGAUUACCUUAGCCCGUCAUCAGGCGUGUGAAUGUUAAUGUGUGCAUUGCAGUAAGGUGACUGAUGACCCCCAGCUGUAUACAGUGUUAUAACUCUCAAAAGAUAAUAGUAACCGUUUGGCACCACGUGUGGUUGAAAAGUUGUAAAAGACUACUGUUUUUAAAAUAUAUUUAUUAUUAUUAUUUUGAGAACAUCAGUGCAUGAGGAUCAGAGUUCAAUAUCUUGCAAAAACUAUAUUCAAAGGUCAUUCUCUCAUUUCCAGUCAAUAUAUUGUUAGGGGGGAAACGGGGACAUAAAACAUAUGCUGUUCUGCUUUAAUGACCUGGCUAGAAUAGGUUUAGUGAUGUGCAGUUCCAGACCCAGAAUCACACAGUACACUGAGUAUCUGAUCUUCCUGUCCUCAUCAGCUGAUUCAGAGCUGGUGGGAAUAACAUUUGCGGCAGGUAGGGAUGCAAAUUAUCGAUUAAUUCAUUAAUCAUUAGUUGAUGGUCUUAUCGAUCGAUUUACGAUUAAUUGAUAAGCGGCGUUUUCCCCCGAAAUCUCAAUGUUUCUUGGAAAAAAACUACUAAAUCUAAAAUAAUAAAAAAAUGACAAAUACCACAUUUAAAUUAAUUCUAUUUCAAUUCUUUAAUCCAAAGGUGAUUCUAAUAUUCCCACUAUUCACACCCCUCUUCACACACUCUGCACAUGCCCAUUUAUCGAUUAAUCGAUUAAUCGUUUGCAUCCCUAGCGGCAGGGUUUUUACUUUCUGAAGCUGUGAUUGGCAACUCGGCAUACACGUUCAGACCCCCAUUUGAGUUCAUAUGUGGUUGGGCCAUGAUAAAAAGCAAGCAGACAACAUCCUGUAAAUAAGGCAAACUAUUGUCCUGCUACAUAGAAGAUCAUUUGCCACUACUAUCUGACAUAUCGCCUCACUGCAUACAACUGUGAAAUCCUUGAAGCGUGUUAUUUUACCCAAAUACUCUUAAAAUGUGUGAACUUGAAUUGAACUGUUACGUUCAGUUCUGCCAGGUGUUUGUAAAAUAAAAUGAUAAUGAAAUCUGGUCAGAAA